AUGGAUUCUUCCACAUCUACUGCUGUUGAAAAACUUUGCAGUAUCCGUGGACUUUUAAUAUAUGAAAGCUUUUUAAAAAAUUGGGAUAAUGUGCAAGCAUUCCAGGCAAAUCCAGAUGAUAUAGUUAUUGCAACCUACCCCAGAUCUGGCACAACAUGGGUCAGUGAAAUUGUCGAUAUGAUCCAAAAAGAUGGUAGUGCUGAAAAAUGCAAAGAUGCCAUUUUUAAUCGAGUACCUUACUUGGAAUCCAAAAAUGAAGAUGUGUUUGAUGGAGUGAAACAGUUAAAAGUUAUGGCAUCUCCUAGAUUGGUGAAAACUCACCUACCAGCAGACUACCUCCCAGCCUCAUUUUGGGAAAAGAACUGCAAGAUGAUCUAUGUUUGCCGCAAUGCCAAGGAUGUAGCUGUUUCUUAUUAUUAUUUCCAUCUAAUGGUUCCUGCUCAUGAAAAUCCUGGAACGUUUCCAGACUUUGUCAAAAAAUUUAUGAGUGGAAAUGUUCCUUAUGGUUCCUGGUUCAAACAUGUAAAAUCUUGGUGGGAAAAAAGUGAAAGCCCCCGUGUGCUAUUCCUUUUCUAUGAAGACUUGAGCAAGGACAUCAGAAAAGAAGUGAUAAAAUUGAUAAACUUCCUGGGGAAGAAGCCAUCAGAGGACCUUGUGGAUAAAAUUGUGAAUCAUACUUCAUUCCAAGAGAUGAAGAAAAAUCCAAGUACAAAUUACACAUUAUUACCUCAAAACCAAAUGAACCAAGAAAUAUCCUCCUUUAUGAGAAAGGGGUGUGUGGGAGACUGGAAGAAUCACUUUACAGUCGCCCUGAAUGAAUGUUUUGACAACCAUUACAAGCAAGAAAUGAAAUGUUCCACCCUGAAAUUGAAAACUGAGAUUUAA